AUGUCCACGACCGCGUACGUCAUCACUCCGCCUGGCUCCAACACAGAGCCUCUUUUGUUUCAAUUCUACUACCAGACAGGAUGGAAGCCUGCAGUCCUGCACUUUCAACAACACCUGGAAAAUGGCCAGAAGCUGCCGUGGCAGGAUCAGACAAUGGAGAGUUGUGCAGAGCACGGCCGCGACGACUGGCAAGCGUGUGAGAUCCUGCUCGACCCUCGCGUGGUGUGCCUCGAGUUCGUCUGCUGCAACGGCGAACGCAGUCAGUGGGACAACCCCUGUCCGGGCGCAUGCUCCCCCGACACCCAGAACUACCUGCUGCGCUUCUGCACUUCCGGCACGGACGGCGCGAAGCCAGGGAUGCCGGACUUCAUGCCGACACGCGCACGGACUUCUUCCUCCCGGAACUUCCUCGCUGGCCACGACAUCCACGCGCGGACGAGCGGCUCCAACGCUGCGGCACCUCUUCGUCGCGUGGUCGCCGUUCUUGCUUCCGGCGAACUCGCCUCUCUCGAGGAGCCGCCCUGUCUCCUCGUGUCCGAUCUCGACGGCACUCUGCUGGGCCAUGACCACUAUCUCUGGCUGCUGAAAAAGCACUGGAACCUCAGACACCUGUGGAGAGGCUCGCAGCUCGUCUACAACACGGGCCGAAACUUAAAAGACUUUCUGAAUGUAGCUGGAGAGAAACAGCUGCCUCGUCCCGCGUACGCGAUUCUCGGAGUCGGAACUGAAAUUUACUCCUUCCCUGGAACAGCGGCGUCAAAGUCGGACAUACCUGGCCUGGACGCGGCAGAACAGGAGGCAUGCGAAGAGGCCGCAGACUGUGCGGGGUUGAACGCGCCCCUGUGGUGUCCCACGAGGGCUCAUGCGCACUUUGAUGAAACGUGGAAGAGCCGCAUUCGGGGUCAGUUUGAUCGGCGCGCAGUGGAGAGCGAAGUGAAAGCGACGAUGGUGGGUUGUCACGUGAACGGAAAUGCAUUCUACGAUCCCUUUCGUCUGUCGGUGUCUGUGCCUCUGAACCUCGUCCACGCGGCCUUGCAUGCGCCCCCGAGCAAGACGGACGCAUGCACAAGUCCCGACCUCCAACCUACACAGAAUGGACAGCCGACGGAAGCGACAGCUGUGGCCUAUCUACGCUCGUUGAUUGACUCUCGCAGCAAGAAGGUCUGUGUGAGCGGCGGUGGAGAUUGGAGAUAUCUCGACAUCCUUCCCAAAGCAGGAGGAAAGUUGAACGCCUCGCUCUUCGUGAUGGAGCAGCUCGGCUUCGACAAGUCCCGAACCGUCGUCGCAGGCGACAGUGGGAACGACAUCGACAUGUUUUGCGAUCCCGGGAUUCUCGGCGUCUGCGUUCGGAAUGCGCAACCAGAACUGCGCGACUUUCUGCAAAACUUUCAUGACCGGCAGUGCUCAGACGAGGCCUCACGAGCUGCAGGCGAGGCAAUGGUGGACGAACUCACAAACGCGAGCGCCCGCCACGGACGGGUGACCGUCGAUGCGGACGAAAGAGACUUCCUGGCUCCUGCUCACUUGCGAACGCUGCGGCCCACCAAGCAUGUGUGUUUCGCCCAGCACGACUGCGCAGGAGGCAUUUUGGAUGGUCUUCUUUACUUCAAGUUCGACAAAACGAUCCCUGACCUGUAG